GCAGCAGCUCAGCUGCUCAAGUGUUAAUGGACUUCAUGAAAAAGCUACAUUUUUUCUUUUUCUUUUACAAUACACUGUGCUGUACUGUGCUUUUGUGUUGUAGUGUUAUAUGGGGACCACCCCCCAUGUGCCCUCCUCCUGUCUCCACCAGCUACUGCCGCUCAAUCAUUAGUCCCUCUGUUCCCCCAUCUCUCUCAGUCCGUAGCCAUAGCCGAUACCUCUCUCUCUUUCACUUAUCUGUUUUUUAUUGUUUAUUUAUUUUUAAAUUUAAAAAAUACAACUGUCUGUCUGUACUCCCGUCUUCCAGCUUACUCUAGGUCAGGGGAAGACAAAAGACCCAUGUCUGAUUCCGACGGAGCCAAUAAUGGUGUUUCCAACGGCGCCAUUAUAGACCCCCAGAGGCAGCAACCGGUUCUCAAUGGUUCUCUCGUCGCCGUCAAGAAGCCCCCCGCCAAGGACCGUCACAGCAAGGUCGACGGCCGCGGCAGGCGUAUCCGCAUGCCCAUCAUCUGCGCCGCACGGGUCUUCCAACUCACUCGCGAGCUCGGCCACAAGUCCGAUGGCCAGACCAUCGAGUGGCUCCUCCGCCAAGCCGAGCCCUCCAUCAUAGCCGCCACUGGAACUGGCACCACCCCCGCAAGUUUCUCCACCCUGGCCGUCUCCGUGCGUGCCGGCGGAUGCGGCUCCAGUACCUCCCUCUCUUCGUCUUCAACUUCCACCUCCCUCUCCCACUGUCUGGACCACAAGCCCUUGCUGGGCUCCACCCCCUUCAUCUUAGGAAAACGCGUCCGUGCCGACGAGGAUGCCGACGGCAAGGAUGAGAGCCCCUGCGUCACCGUGGCUAAUUCAAUGGGAUCCGUACUGGGACCCACCGCCACUGGUGGCUUCUGGGCGUUGCCGACCAGAACCGACUUCUGGAGCUUCGCUACUGCGGCUGCCGCCGCUGCUCCGCAGGCCGAGAUGGUGCAGGUACAGCAGCAGCAACAACCAUCGCUGUUCGUCACACAUCAUCAUCAGCACCAACAGCCAAUGGGCGAGGCGUCGGCUGCCCGAGUGGGAAAUUAUAUUCCGGGGCAUCUGAAUUUGUUGGCUUCGUUGUCGAGGGGACCGGGGAGUUCGGAUCGGAGAGAGGACGACCCUCGCUGAUUAUUCAAGUCUCUGGUGGUGGUAUUGGUGACGGGUAUGGUGGUAUCAUGUGUAUGCUUAUUGCUGUCUCCCAUUUUGUGAGGUGUCUGUGUAUCAGUUAAGAUCGGGAAUUUUAGUGAAUUUCUUAGGUUCAGAUUUGUUCUUCCUUUUGGUUUGAAUGGACGAAUUAGGCCGGGUUUGUGGAGGGUUCGGAAAGUUAUAUGUCUGUAUUAGGGCAUUGACUACUUCGUUUGAUGAAGAUUAUAGGGUUUUAGGGUUCGUAUUUGUUUAGGUUUCGACGGUGGUUUUUGGAGGGGAGGGCGAGUGGAGAAUCACGGUACGUAAGUGGUCAUGCAAAUCCACUCCACUAAUAACGAUAUAAUUUUGGGGCAUUUCACGGACAAAUUUAAGAUUGCCGUCUCUGGUUUUUUGUGCUCUGCUGCUUUUUGUUUAUAACUCAAGACGACGACAUUCCCAACACCAUGAUGCUUGCAACUGGACUGGGGGCUUGCUUACAGAUUGGGUUAUUAAUGCAGAAAUAAAGCGUAUUUAUUCACAAAUUUUUUAGAGGUUUGGUUUGGUCGGGUACUUGUCGAGAGGAGAGAAACACCUGUGUGGUUCGUGGCCGGACGCCGGAGGUUGAUUCUUGCGCUCUCUCUUUUGCUGAUCUCUCUGAUACCUGGCUUUGGUGAUCCAUGUUGAGUGUAAUUGGAUGGUAUCUGGGUGUGUGAAAGAGAUGUAUGAUGUAUAAAGCUCUGAUUCCUCUCCUGUAUGACCGCUUUGUUUGAGAAUUUUUAUCAGUAUUUUCAGCCAUUUUUUUUAGAUUUUUCCCGAGUGAAAAGUAUGUGUUCCUCUCUUCCAAUAACUUGUAAGUGGAUUGUUAUUCAGCAAAAUAUAAAUAAAAUAUAAGCGGAUUGUUUU